AUGACGCGCAUCAAAGCUACUGUUGCCGUCAUGCUGCUGGUCAUGAUGGCAGGCGCGCUGUCCCAGCCGACGGGGCCCGCGGUCGUGUACAGCGCCCCCAAGCCGGGCAACAUCAAGGGCUCCGUCCUCGUCAUCAGCGUCAACAACGCGUCCGACGCAAACGUCGCCAGCGCCCUGGACUGCCAGAAGGCGGGAGCAGACGGCAGGGUCCAGUGCUUGCGGCUGCGCGACCAGCGGGGCCGCGGCAACAAGCCCGGCGGCUGCGGCAAGUACUGCCUUGAUUACCACAAGAAAACCCCGCCAGAGGUGAUCGGCAACGCCUUCGGCUGCACCCCCGCAUUCGGCCGUAGCUACCUGCCCAUCCAGUCCACCCAGACCACCUGCUCCGCCUGCGGCGGCCGCACCGACGACAAGCCGGCCUGCACGCCGUCUGGCGCGUGGCUGCAGCACACGUGCACGCUGCUCGACGGCGUGGACCCAGCCAAGCCGCAGUACCAGGCCGGCGGCGACGCCGAGGGCUGGCUGAGCGGGACCAUCGCAGUCCGGCUGCCGGACUGCGGGGACGCCAAGUCGGGCAAGCCGCUGAUCACGGCGUACGAGUGCGAGGCGUGCAGCGCGACGGGCGCCCGGGACGGGUGCCUCAAGUGCUCCCGGCAGUGGCAGGCCUCGUGCGGGUUCACCCGGGCCCGUCUCAUCCUGGGCACUUUCAAGGAGGCUAUCGCAUACCUCGACUCGCACUCUUGUGUGCCCUGCGCGUUAAACGAAAAACAAGACGCGCGUGACAAGUGCUUUGCCCAGGUGACCAGCGACGCCAAUCCCAGCGGCUGGCCUGACCUGAGCCAGGCGGCCUUCAAGCAGUAUGGCCGCCCCAAGCAGCUCCCCAAGAUGUGGGCGUGA